GGUGUGUGCGGCACCUGAAGGCAGCACAGCGUGCUGACGUCUCGAUCGUACGUGCCUCUGCCACAGCUCAGCAGAAGAAACCACAGUCAGAGAGAGCCAGCAGCCAGUGAUCGGCGAACAUCCAUGUCGCAGGUAGUCGGUGGAGAGAAGACAGUCUGCGGCAGAAACACAGCGGGGCUCCGGCUUCUCUCUGCUCCUGCAAACAGCAGCUCCUGAACCGACCCGGGGAUUGUUUUUUUCCUGUUUCAUUCCGUCUUUUUCUGAGUCCUCUACCUCCUCCUCGGACACCAAGGGAUGGGGGAAUGAUCAGCACCGACUCCCCCUCGCCUCCUCCUCCUCUUCCUCAUCCUGCUUCCUCGGUCGGUGUCCGUCUCUGUGCCCAGGAUGAGGGCCCCGCUGCUCGGCCAGGCUGCGUUGUUUGCGGCCCUGUGGGCGCUGAGCACCUGCCUGACAGGUUCUCACCUGUGUCCUCGGAGUCUGGACUGUGCCCGAGCAGGACGACACUUCUGUCAGCUGGGCAGCUCGCACUGCGGACCCUGCCUCCAUCCUCUGGUGGAGAACUCCCAUGGGCGCUGUGUGGUGAAGAGGAGGCUCGUCGCGCAUUCUGUUAAAGCUGUCAAAGGGAAGGUGACUACUUACCCUGAGCUGGACCAGGAGAUCGACUUCCUCUCUGCCAUCAUCAGUGAGCAGAGAACUGAGUCCAGGCUGUCAGCUCCACCCGUCCAGGAUGUUCCGAAACCGGAAUCCGACCAGCCCAGUGAAAGUGAUCCUGCCAGAAACGGAUCCACCACACAGCUGCCUACGAGUCCGAGCGCCGCGUUCACCAGCGUGCCCACUGCACCCCCAACAAACCACACCCCCGCUCUGCUCAGAGACCCCAUCAUCGUCCCUUACCCCCCCAACGACCAUGUCUUCAUCAUCAUGAGCAGCGUCUUCAUCGUGGCCGGUUCCAUGGCUCUGCUCAUCGCGGGGGCUUGUUGGGUCAGAUUGCAGAAAAGUGUGCGUCUCACUCAGAAGGUGGAGUACCCGGUGUACGGACUGAUGAGACCUCAAACCUUUGACAACAUGCCCGGGGACAAGAAGCUGGCCCACAGUGCUCAGAUGUACCACUACCAGCACCAGAAGCAGCAGAUGCUCUCCCUCGAGAAACAACGAGACGAGCCAAAAGUUCCUGACUCAGGAGCAUCCACAGACGAGGAGAACGAUGAAGGGGAUUUCACGGUGUAUGAGUGUCCUGGUCUGGCACCAACGGGGGAGAUGGAAGUGAAGAACCCACUGUUUGACGACUCCACCCUUUACUUUCAGAGGUUCUCCAAAUAAAACCCGGACACUCAGAUGUUUCUCACUCUGAAUGCAGGACUUGUGUGUGUGU